AUGGGUUCCGUAGAGGACGAUUCUUCGCGUUUGGAAGAAGCACUUAUUCAGGAUGAAGAGAGUAAGCUAUACACAGGAGAUGGCUCAGUCGACUUUAAAGGGAGGCCUGUGCUUAAGAAGAAUACUGGCAAUUGGAAAGCUUGCCCAUUUAUCCUAGGCAAUGAGUGCUGUGAACGUUUGGCAUACUAUGGCAUUGCAUCAAAUCUUGUUUCCUAUCUUACUCGCAAGCUACAUGAAGGAAAUGUCUCUGCGGCAAGAAAUGUCACCACUUGGCAAGGCACUUGUUACCUUACACCUCUCAUUGGAGCAGUUUUAGCAGAUUCUUACUGGGGACGAUACUGGACUAUUGCCAUUUUCUCCAUGAUUUAUUUCAUUGGAAUGGGUACAUUGACACUUUCUGCAUCUAUUCCAGCAUUGAAGCCUGCUGAAUGUCUGGGUGCUGUAUGCCCUCCAGCUACUCCUUCACAAUAUGCUGUGUUCUUCAUUGGUCUCUAUCUGAUUGCCCUCGGGACUGGUGGUAUUAAACCAUGCGUGUCCUCUUUUGGGGCAGAUCAGUUUGAUGAUACUGAUUCACGGGAAAGGGUUAAGAAGGGAUCAUUUUUCAACUGGUUUUACUUUUCUAUCAACAUAGGAGCCCUUAUAUCCAGCAGUUUUAUUGUGUGGAUUCAAGAUAAUGCAGGCUGGGGUCUUGGAUUUGGCAUUCCUGCUUUAUUUAUGGGAUUAGCUAUCGGAAGCUUCUUUUUAGGCACGCCUCUAUAUAGGUUUCAAAAACCAGGGGGAAGCCCUCUUACAAGAAUGUGCCAGGUUCUGGCUGCAUCUUUUCGGAAACGGAAUCUUGCUGUCCCUGAGGAUAGUAGUCUCCUGUAUGAGACACCAGACAAGAGCUCUGCAAUCGAAGGAAGUCGGAAAAUACAGCAUAGUGAUGAACUAAGGUGUCUUGACAGAGCAGCUGUAGUCUCUGAUGAUGAGAGGAAAAGUGGUGACUAUUCUAACCUGUGGAGACUUUGCACUGUGACACAGGUGGAGGAAUUAAAAAUCUUGAUUCGCAUGUUUCCAGUUUGGGCUACUGGCAUAGUGUUUUCUGCAGUCUAUGCCCAGAUGUCAACAUUGUUUGUGGAACAAGGAACUAUGAUGGACACUAGCAUUGGUUCUUUCAAAAUACCACCAGCUUCCCUCUCAACUUUUGAUGUAAUUAGUGUUAUUUUCUGGGUCCCUGUCUAUGACAGGUUUAUAAUUCCCAUUGCAAGGAAAUUUACUGGCAAAGAAAAGGGAUUUUCAGAGUUGCAAAGAAUGGGAAUCGGUCUUUUUAUUUCAGUCCUGUGCAUGUCAGCUGCUGCUAUUGUUGAGAUUAAGCGUCUGCAGCUUGCAAAAGAAUUUGACCUUGUUGAUAAAGCUGUCCCCGUACCCCUUACUAUACUUUUGCAAAUCCCUCAGUAUUUCUUAUUGGGAGCAGCAGAAGUAUUCACAUUUGUGGGGCAGCUUGAGUUCUUCUAUGACCAGUCUCCAGAUGCUAUGCGAAGUUUAUGCAGUGCUCUGUCACUUCUGACAAAUUCGCUCGGGAAUUACUUGAGUUCAUUCAUUCUCACUAUGGUAGUUUACUUCACUACACGAGGGGGAAAUCCUGGAUGGAUUACAGAUAACUUGAACAAAGGUCAUCUCGAUUACUUUUUCUGGCUUUUAGCUGGACUCAGCUUCUUAAAUAUGUUCAUCUACAUAGUUGCUGCCAAAAGAUACAAGUCAAAGAAGGCUUCAUAA